UCCAAAAAUAAAAGUUACAUUUUGAAUGGAGGAGGAAGAUGGGUUUUGCAGCAACAAUGGGAGUGAAAAUGGUGGUUGCAGAACACUUGAAGAACAAGUUUAUUGGACCAAUUUCAAGUCAAUGCGUUUUUUCCAAAUUCUUUCACCCGAUUUCCGUUCCCAACUUAUGAUCCCAAAGAAAUUUUCUGAAAACAUGAGGGACAAAUUACCUCAUAAGGUAAUCCUCAAAAGUCCCGGGGGUGCUGCAUGGGAGGUACGGCUCAUGAGGGAUAACAACGACACCUUUUUCUCCGGAGAUGGAUGGAAAGAGUUUGCAAAAGCUCACAACUUCAAGGAAAACGACUUGCUCGUGUUUAAGUACAUCCGUGAAUCCUGCUUUAAGGUUUUGGUGUUCGGUGGAGGAAACUUGUGUGAGAAAGCUGAUUCAUACUUUGUGAAGAAAUCUGUUCUUGGAAAAAAUGAUGCAGGUGAAAAUUCUCAGUUGAAGAGAAAAAGUACUAAUGAGAGAACUGACAAGGUUGUCGGAAAUGAUGAGGAGUUAUUAUUGGAGACUGAUGAUUCGGACAAUGAAAAAGACGCUGCAGAAGCCUCGAGGAGGAAGAGUCGUCGUAGGCACUCCAUAUGUAGCUUGAGGAACAACGGUGCUGAUGUUGAACCUCACACACCAAACAAUGUACCCCUAAGUGCAGCGGAUAAAGCAAGAGCUAUGCAAUUGGCGAGCCAGGAAACGACAAAUGAGAGCUUCACUGUCGUCAUGAAAGCUUCUAAUGUUUCCUUUUACUAUCGCUUGCGUAUACCUUCACCGUGGGCAAGGACUUACCUUACUCGGAAAAACCAGUACAUGGACCUUCGUGCAGAUGGGAGAAAGUGGACCGUGAGGUUUAAUACCGAACCUCGGUAUGGAGGCGGGGUGCUUGUUACAGGGUGGUACAAGUUUGCUAUAGAUAACUUGUUGCAGGAAUUUGAUGUCUGCUUGUUUAAGCUGGUAAGCCAAAAGGGUGAGCCUGUUGUAUUUGAUGUCUCAAUAUACCGCGCUGCACCUUAGGUAGUAGCUCUUCACACUUCUUAAAAAACAGUCUGACUGAUUACUGAGGUAGAAACUUUGAAUGGUGAUAAUUUUUUUCUUAGAGAAGUUCAGGUUUC